AGUUCUCAGCGAUGCAGAGUGGGGCUGAGCAGCCCGCUGCCUACCCUCACAAGCCCCGCCUCCUCAUCUCACACCUUUGAGGUUCCACUAACAGAGCCCAGAUCUUUGACCUCCCAUCUCGUCAACCUGGGAACCAAAGGUCAAUCCUUCUUUACGGAACCUGGGGACACCCUCCUGCCCAGCCAGGAACCGCACCUGCCAGUGGCACUGAAAGGUCUGGACCAUCCUGGCUUGGACUCGCAGUAUGAGCCUUCCCCCUGGUCUUCUGGUUCCCCUUGCAGCAGUGACAGCAGCAGCAACUGGGGCAAAGUGCUAGUGGACGGAAACACGGACAAAUCCAAUAAUCCUUGUUCCGCUAGCUCCUCUGUUUGGCCACCUUCCUCAUCUUCAUUUUCUUGCUCCUCCUCUUCUUCCUCCUCUGGCUGUGGUUCAGGUUCAGAUCCUGAGUUGGCAUCAGAGUGCACGGAUGCAGAUUCUAGUUCGUCAAUCGGCUCAGAUAAGAACCUUGGCUCUGUUGCUGCGCCUACAGUGAUGAUGAUAUCAGGAAAUGUUUCGUCUGUGACAUCUUCUGCAGCUUCUACCCCCUCUUCUUUGGGGACUUCUACCAUGAUGCUUGAAGUUAACUUUAAUGGCGAAAGCAACAGUUGUCAAGUAAUCAGUGGAGGUGUUGGAAACGGAAGUAAUGGAAACAAUAUCACUGGAUCCUCACACUACCCCAAUGUGGGGUCAAACAGUAUUGGCAGCAAUAAUUUAAGCAACCACAAUACCAGUGGUGUGUGGGGCCCGUCCUUGGAAAGCAACAUGAUCACCACUGACAGGAGCAGUCCCUGUAUCAAUGGGGGGUUAAACCCAAACACUUUAAAUCCAAAUAACAACCAUGGUGCCUGGCCACAAAACCCAACCCCAAGCCCAGUGUGCCAGGGCCAACGGCCUCCACAGGCUCAGGGGAUGAGUUCCAAACUGGGUAUGACUCCAAAACAGGUCCCAUUGCUGGGCUGGGGAAGUAUGGCAGCUCCGGAUAGCAGCAGUAUGAUGGAGGACACCGAGGUGAACAAUGGUACAUCAAGCGGCAAAUUGUUGGGCAGCAACAGCGGAAGUGGUGGUCUGCAGUCUACCAACUUAAGCACUGAACCCAAUGGACCAAAUAACACUAUCAUGAUGAAUACUACUACUACUACUAACACCACAAUGACCUCUACUCCACCAAACUCUACCGCCUCACCCCAACUUGACGGGGAUUGUUCCUGGGGUUCCUUUGGAGGAGGAAAUCGGGGUCUACUAGCCAAUGGAAAUCCCUCUCUAGCCCCCCAGCACCCCCAAGGAGAGUUGGGAGGUACUGGGGCCAUCGGUACGCCUUGGGGCACAUCUACCUACCCUUUUGACAAGGGCCCCUCGAAUGCAGACACUGUGAACCCACAAAUCUCCUCUGCUGCUGCUUUCAAGAGUAAUAAUAACCACAAUAACACUGGGGCGUCGCACUGGGACCAGGGGCCCACCAAUAAUCCCCCUCAGAGCAACUUGCCCUGGGGUGUCGGUCCGACUCAAGUCCCAGGUUCGGCAGGUCAAACACCAGGAAAUGGAAACCAAACUACUAUGACCCCUCAAGCAGGGAUACCUCGCCCCUGGGGGAGCAGUGCAUCCUCUACUUCGUCAUCGUCUUCUUCCACAUCUAACAACAAAAUGUCAAAUGGGGAAUGGGGAUCACCGAUUUCUGGCAACAACCACUCGGAUACUGGAAGCCAUAAAGGAGUAUCUGCCAACAAUGGGUGGAAAAGUCUGGAAGAUGAUGCUAUGGGGAUCGGUGGAGCAGGGGUUGGUAGCAACCAUGGCUUGGGAAAUGUCACCGGAGGCUGGGGCCGCUCUGGAGGAAGUGAAGGAAGCGGUGAGAGUUCUGGGAGUCGAUCUACUUCAGACAGAGAAAGCAACCAGUCCAAAGGAGGGAACCGCAGGAAAGGUAUCCUUCCGACGUCAGUAGUGCCAGCUCUGGCCCGGGCCGAUGUAGACCCAAGGGUUCUGUCUAACACUGGAUGGGGACAAACACCCGUACGGCAAAACACUGCCUGGGAUGUCAAUUCUCCAAACAAUCAGCACCAGGGUCCCAGAGGAGAUGAAAGAAAGCUUUGCAGUGGAGGCUCCGGCUGGGGCACAGGGCAGCAGACAAAUCCCUCACAGACCUCUGGAGGUUGGGGUGGUGGGUCAGACAGUGCAGACCCUGAGAGUGGAAUAUCUAGCUGGGGAGAUCGGAGACAAACUUCUGGGUGGGACGGUAAAGGCUCACCCAAUGGAGGCAGUGGACAUGGUGGCUGGGAGGAUACAUCCAGCUACAAGGGUAGUAACAACAACACCUGGAACAACAACAUGAAAGACGACAGAUCAAGUACUUGGACAAACACCUCCACCGUGCAGCAAGGCUGGGGUUCUAAUAGUGGAAGUGGAAGCGAUGCCUGGGGAAGUAGUGUUGAUGACACCAGGGCAGGGGCCAGUAACCAUUGGGGGGAACCUCAGAAAGGCGCCGGCUCUGUGGGCUGGGACAGCGACAGUGACCGGUCCGGCUCUGGAUGUUGGAGCGAGCCAAGCCGGGUCAACACAAGCAGCAGUAACACCUGGGUGGGCAGCGGGGGAUCAAAUACUCCAGACCAGAGCACUCCAAACCAGGGCUCCAAGUGGGGGGACUCUGUACUCAAACCUAACCCUCCGAGUAACACUCAAGGCUGGGGGGAGCCAGCGAAGACCAGCAAUGGAGCUCACAGCUGGGGGGAACAGAGUUCGAAAGCUUCCAAUGAGUGGGGGAAGGGCCCCGAAUCCAGAAGUAAUCAAGGCGCAAACAAACCCACAGGCUGGCGUGGAGGCCCUAUUCCCACAGUUGGUCAUAAGGAAGAAACAUCGACAGGGUGGGAAGAACCCUCUCCAGAGUCCAUACGUCGAAGAAUGGAAAUCGACGAUGGAACUUCAGCUUGGGAAAACCCUGGUAAAUGCAGCAGUACGUCUGUCAACAUGUGGAACAGCAAGACGAAUCAGUCCGAUCAAGAAGCCAUGAACAUAUCCUCUCAAACCAACUCCCACCCAUCCCAUGGCUCAAUGCAGCCUCAUAGCCAGGAAAAAAUGUCAGAGUGGGGAGAGAUGUACCCUCAACAAAAAGACUCUUCAACAUGGGGGGAGCCUACAGCUGCUCCCCCUGUUACAGUGGAUAAUGGUACAUCUGCCUGGGGAAAGCCAGUGGACACCAGUACCGGCUGGGAUGAACCCAGUAGGGAGAAGAGAGAGCCUUCCUCUGGAUGGGGCAGCCAGAACAAGCCCACUCCUGCCCAUAAGCCUAUGGAGACUUGGUGCGGCGAGGACGUAUCUAUGGGCAACAGCUGGGAUCAGGAAGAGGAGGUGGAAAUCGGAAUGUGGAGCAACAGCCAGCAGGACAGCAGGUCCAGCGACCAGAACACCUGGAACUACAAGCCUAAAGUUUCCAACAAGAUGAACAAACCUGUCAACAAACAGGAUGAACUUUGGAUGAAACCUUUUGUCAACCAAUUCAACAACAUGAACUUCCAGAGAGACUCACCUGACGACUCCUUAAAAUCAGGGCCGGGUAUGAUGGCCGACAAGCGCGUGGACAUGAGCAGCAUGGGGGAGUUUAGCAGCGUCAUGGGGAAGAGUUCAGGAUCCCGGCAUCAGCUCCACAAGGAUUCUGCAAUGGAUCGCAGUCCUUACUAUGACAAGCUUUCUGCUUACGAUAGUCCGGCUUCCGAUGAGCUUCCCUCCAGUCAGAGCAUGAGCCUUUCCUCUAGCAGUUCUGUUAAACCCGUUCCCUGUGUCAACUCUGGGCCGUCCUCUUUCCACUCUAGUUCUGGGUCAGCUCAGCAGAAUGUAAACUCCAUGUUGGGUGGCAGCAGCGUAGCACAAGGCCGAGGCGCCACCCAAUCCCAGCCCCCUCCGCAAUCAAACCUUCGUAACCAAGUGCCUCCACCCCUCCUGCCCUCUCAGGUCCCUCCAUCUUUGUUGAAGUACCCGGGAGGAAAUGGAGGUCUAAACCCUCUGUUUGGCCCUCAGCAGGUGGCUAUGCUCAACCAGCUCUCCCAGCUCAACCAGCUGUCACAGCUACAGCACAUCAACCAGCUACAGCGGCUGCUGCUCCAGCAGCAGCAGCAGCAGCAGCAACAGAAGCUUCAAAAUGCCAGAGCCACACCAGUGGGUCGACCGACUGAACAGACACGUCCUAUCGGUUCGUCUUUGUCAAUGAUGCAGCCCCCACGGCACCUGGAUCCAUCUCUGCUCAAACAGGCUCCACCUCUGAAACCAUAUGCUGACAACUACAUGUCCCACAAUGCAUCUGACAUGCAGAAGAAUGCUCCACCUCUUGGACCAUUAGGCAACUUCCCUUUAAGCUUGAACCCUAACCUGAAUGUACCCCUGGAUAUGGGCGUUGGUGGUGGAAGCUGUGGUGGUGGAUCUGUGGCCUACAAAGAACCACACCAGUCCAGACUCAAAAAACUUUGGGCUACCGACCCCCUGGAGCAGAACAGCAAAUCUGGUGCUAUCUCGGCUGGGUUGCGUCUGGAUGACUCUCCUUUCUAUGACUUCCUGCCUCCUGGUCCACCUCCCCUGAGCCCUCCCGGCCAACCAAUAGGCUCAGUGGGUGACGGCUGGCCGCCCCGUGCCAACUCCCCCCCUUCCCAUGCAAACACUGUCACCUGGCCCCCAGAGUUCCGACCCGGGGAACCUUGGAAAGGUUACCCUAACAUUGACCCAGAGACUGACCCUUAUGUGACCCCCGGCAGUGUCAUCAACAACCUCUCCAUCAACACCGUCCGUGACACCGAUCACCUCAGGGACAGGAACAACGGGCCACCCUCAUCACUGAACACCACGAUGCCUUCUAACAGUGCCUGGUCAUCCAUUCGUGCCUCCAGCCACAGCAGUUCCCUCACCAGUACAGCACAAAGCACUUCAGCUAGACCCAGUGAGUCAAAGUGGUCUCCUGGAGGUGGUUCUGUGUCCAACUCCUCCCUAGCCCAUGAGCUUUGGAAGGUCCCGUUGCCUCCCAAGCCGCUGCCGGUUGCAGCUCCUUCCAGACCACCGCCCGGCCUCACCGGCCAGAAGCCUUCGGGCUGGGAUGGCUCUGCUCUGAGGCCGGGGGGCUGGGGCUUCACCGAGUCCAGAUAUACACCCGGAUCCAGUUGGGGUGAUGGCAGCAGCUCAGGGAGAACCCAAUGGCUCGUUCUGAAAAAUCUCACACCUCAGAUUGAUGGCUCCACUCUUAGGACUCUGUGCAUGCAGCAUGGCCCUCUGAUCACAUUCCACCUCAACCUGCCACAUGGUAACGCCGUGGUCUGCUACAGCUCAAAGGACGAAGCCGCUAAGGCCCAGAAGAGCCUGCACAUGUGUGUUUUGGGGAACACUACUAUUAUGGCUGAGUUCGCCAGCGAGGAGGAAAUCAGCCGCUUUUUUGCACAAGGGCAGUCGUUGGCCACUCCCUCCUCCGGCUGGCAGGCCAUUGGCUCCUCCCAGAGCAGAAUGGAUCAGUCUCAGUCCUUUCCCAGCCGCUCUUCUGAACCCAACCAGUGGAACAGCGGUGAGCUGCAUGGCUCCUCCCUCUGGAGCAGGUCUUAUUCCAGUACCCUGUGGGGGAACCCCAGCAGCGCCGACCCCGGGAGGAUCAACAGCCCUUCUCCAAUCAGCUCCUUCCUCCCAGUGGAUCACCUGACGGGGGGCGGGGACUCCCUGUGAACCAGCGGCCAAUCAAACCGGCUCUGGGGAUCGGGUCAGUGAAAGAAAUGUUCAGCUAAAAACAAAACAAAAGAAAAAAAGUAGUUCUAAACGCAAUGGCACUCGUAGGACUUUUUCUCACUUACAAGUUAUUCAACAAAACGGGGUUUUCCCUGUGGAAUACAAGUUACGUUCUCUGCACAUAUGUCCACUUUGUUUUAGCCCAAAAACAUAUCAGUCAGAAUACUUGAAUCAUGCAGGCCAAUUCUAUAAUGUGAACAGAUGGAUAUUUGCUUCCAGGUAGUGCUCUUUCAGACCGGGAAAAAAAGAAAAAAAUACAAAAAAAAAGUUUCAGUCGAGCUCAUUAUUAUGUUUCAUUUGUUGUGUUUGAAUUCCAACUUUUAAACCUUUUUUUUCUGUUUUUGCAUUUGUUUGCCGACAAUGUUGGAGUAUGAGCUUUUAACUUUGCACUGAAUGUGUUUUUUUUUCAUUUAUAUAUAUAAAUAUAUGUAUGUGCAUAUAUAAACAUACAUAUAUGUAUAUAUAGUCUGCAAUACAGAGGGAGCAGCCAGUUUUUCCAGUGUAGCUGUUUACUCAUUGAGGUCCUUACCGUAUGUGUGUGUGUGAAAUACUUAUGCGACUGCGAAUGGUUAACGAGUACGUGUGCGCUCCUCUCUGCCUUGGCACGCCUACCUUACUGCGUUGUCGUGGAGAUCAACAGAUAGUUCAACAAUAAACCUGACUAGGAUGAUUAUCUGGUGAUACAAAAAAGAAAAAGUGACAUUUAAAAAGUAUUGCACCGACUUUUAUUUUGAAAACUAAAGAACGUUGAGCUCUGCAGUGCAAAGGACUGUAGUCGCAGCUGGGACUAGCAAAGCCACGCCCGCUCUGGAUGUAGGAGAGGGGCGGGGCCUAUCUAGCAAGCCCUUUCCCGGUUCAGGCCCCCUAGUGGGCCGGGAGGGGACAGCACUUUCAGAAUAGGCUUUCAAUGUUUUGGAGGUGCCACACUGCAACCUCUUGUUUACAAGACUUAGGAGGCGGAACGUGUGUUGAUUCUUCAUUUUAAAAAGAAGAUCGGAUAAAUUAGAAAAUGCACAAAAAAAAAUAAAAAGCUUUUAAAAAAAACAUAAAAAAAAUAAAUAAUAUACAUAAAAAAAAAUAAAAAAAAGUAUUGAGGAUGGAGCUUUGUAUCUCUGGGAAUUUGGAUCAGUGUUUUUGGCCAUGGCGUUGGUUAUUUAAACUAUUCCUCUUUGUCUGCUAAAUAACCAGCAAUGGUCCUCAGGAAAUCAAGCCAGUUUUACCCCCCCCCCCUUGUAGUUGAAUUAAAAAAAAACUACUACUCCUUGUAGGAAAGGAAAAUCCAACUUCUAGCACUGAAAACUAUGUAUAGGUCUUUUUUUUUCCUGCCAAAUAACUGCUUUAAGCUGGAGAAGCUCAACACACUGCUUUCAAUAUGCUGUCUUUAAAGGGAGGCAGGCUUUUGGGAAGGAGGCGGAGGACGGGUGGUAGUAAUCCCAGAGCUCCUUCUCUCCUCCUCCUCUUCCUCCUCCUCCACUCCCAUGUAAUUUUAAACAUUUUUUGUGUGUAACUUUCAAUAGAAAAUGUUCUGUCUUGUCUGAAUUUUAAACCAAGAAAAAGGCAAAUCUGUAUCUAUGCAUACUGUAGCCUCUCACAUCGACUCCUUGAGAGGUGCCCCCCCCUUUGUCUUUUCAAUGUUUCAUUCAAAAACAAAAAAAUAUUUUAAAUUAUUACGAAAAAAGACGUUAAACUCCUCUUUUGGUUUUAACAGUGAAAAAGUCGUCCACAUUUCAUUGCCUUGAUCCUAAUUGUGUCCGAAGAUGCAACAAGUCAAGUGGCUUCUAUCUGUUUACAAAUAGAAAAUGAUUGUAUUGUUUUAGGGUUUUAUUUUGUUUUUUUUCUCCUCCUAUCGAUCAGGGGAGGGCGGGGUGCUCAUUUGAAGUUCCUGAAGUCAUGAACCGUGCGUGUGCGUGUGGAGAUCUGCAGGGUUUAGGGUUCUCGGUGUGUAUGCUCAACAGUGUGAAUGUAAACAACAACAACAACGAAAAAAAAA